UUUCGUCGGUCUCUAGCCACUUCGCGCACCUUGACACCCCCACACAUACAAGAAACUAGCCAGACAGCAGAGGAGGGUAAGGGCGUGAACACAAUGGUGAUGGAUUACCUACCCUACCUAUCAAGCAGGUGGCUUGCUCCUGUGUCCGCAUUCGGCCAUCCACGCGUCUUCCCCAUGCCCACCAUAUCUCUACUCCAGCCUCCCCACUCCCCAUGAACGAUGGGGGUGGGGGGGUCCCUUGGGUUCUGCACAUGUUUUCGACUACACCCCGACUCUUGCCACGGUUGUAAUUUUCUGGUUUCUCGUUCAAGUGACGAGGUGGAAUUGUCAAGAGUUUUACACAGAGAAAUAGACCGUUUCGACUCCUGCCGUUCUGCUUGUCGUCAUCCCUAGACCCCAGCGCCACUUCGGCAUCGCUUAUACCGUACUCGACCUCGGAGAUAUAGACAUGACUUCACAUAGCCAUUAUGAACGAACAGAAGCACAACGAUGAAACUCUCUCGGUCUCUCGGGACCCUGGGACCAAGACGGGAUUUGAUGAUGCGUUGGAAACCACAGAUGAAACCCACCGCAGGCUAUCGGCAGACAGCAAGAUGACCUGGCCACACGAGCACGCCAAAGGUCUCACGAUACUGCCAGGUCCGGACUCUUUUGGAAGAUUCUCCGCCAGCUCGUACCGGAGCGGCCGGGCCUCGCCGUUACCAGGAACAAGCCAUCCCCCACCAACGACACAGCCUCCCAAGCAGACGACAAAGCUGGCGCGGAUUUGGCUGGCCAACAAGGGUGCCAUCUUGGUGGCCCUCUCACAACUGUUCGGCGCUCUGAUGAACCUGACAGCACGACUACUCGAACUCGAGGGCGAGGGCAUGCACCCGCUCCAAGUCCUCUUCGCCAGGCAAAGCCUCACCAUGGUCUGCUGCUGCGCCUACAUGUACUACAUGAAGACCCCCGACUUCCCCUUCGGCAAAAAGGAAAUUAGGUGGCUCCUCGUCGCCAGAGGCGUGCUGGGUUUCUUCGGCAUUUUCGGCAUGUGGUUCAGUAUGAUUUAUCUUCCUUUGGCGGAAGCUACCGUCAUCACCUUCCUGGCCCCCAGCGUCGCCGGCUUCGCCUGCUACCUCGUCCUCCGCGAGCCCUUCACCCGCAACGAGCAGAUCGGCACCGUCAUCGCAUGCUUCGGCGUCGUCCUCAUCGCCCACCCGGCCUCGCUCUUCUCCGGCGACUCGGCGUCCACCGUGCCAGAGCAGCUCGGCCCGGGCAACGGCACCGCGACCUUGGCGCUGCCAGGACUGGACCACCGGACCACGACGACGGAGCGGCUGACGGCCAUCGGGGUCGCAAUCCUGGGCGUCUUCGGCGCCGCGGGCGUGUACACGACGAUUCGGUGGAUCGGGAAGCGCGCGCACCCGCUGAUUUCCGUCAACUACUUUGCGGCGUCAAACACCGUCGUGUGCACCAUCGCGCUCACGGCCGCGCCGCUGCUCGAUGUCGGCCAGCCCGUGCUGCAGUGGGGUCUGCCACAGACGGGCCGGCAGUGGCUCUUCAUGGUGCUGCUGGGGAUCUUCGGGUUCAUCAUGCAGUUCCUCAUGACGGCAGGCCUGCGCAUAGAUCGGUCCAACAGGGCGAAUGCCAUGGUGUACACGCACAUGCUCUUCGCGGCGGCCUUUGACCGGUUCAUUUUCGGGAACGUCAUGGGGUGGAUGAGUCUCGCCGGCUGCGGCCUCAUCAUCGGGAGCGCCUUAUGGGUCGUCCUGACCAAGAAGACGCCCGCGCCCAAGAGGGAGGCCGUGGCGGACGUGGAGGUCGCGAACGUCCGGGAUACCGAGGCCGUUCCGAUGUUGGCAGAUAUGGACGAUGGGAGGGACGAAGACUAUGAGCUUCAGAGAGUGAGGUGAGGUCUUCUACAUUUACGGGUCAUGAUGUAUAAAGGCGGUUUGCCGGGGAUAUAGAUAUUGGGCAUGGGAUCUUGGAAACUAGCAUACGGGCAGCCCGGAAUUCACGAGUACGUGAUGAACGUCUAGUCGGAUGUUCGCAACUCUCGGCAUAUUGUAUCGGGAUCCGUCCCAAGACUAAGGGGCAGACUUUCCAACGUGAUAUAAGCUGGUGUCGAGCAUGCAUGCUCUUGAAAGUGAUGAGACGAUGAGACACGUACACAAUUCGUG